AUGAGCGAUCAACGAUCGAAUCAAAAUCAUCCACAACCAACGGUGUUUCGUGAUGGGAAUGGACGCCAACUUACCCCGAGUCAGCUCAGGGAACAAUUUGCAUCAAAUCAGCCGACUCAUCCACCUGUCAACCCAGCGGCUUCACAGAUAAACUAUUUAGGAAAUUUCUCAGCUCAACCUGACCCAGCCCCAACAAGCGCCAAUCUUUCCAACGUGUCCAACUCCAAUCAACCGUAUCAAGUCCAAGCAUCUCCUCAGCAAAAUAGUCAACCUGCAUUUUGGAGUGGAAGUGUGAUCGAUGCAGGACGAGCUCCCGCAGAACAAUUGCCUUAUGGGACCAUUGAAAAUUCGUCUUGCAGUCAACAAUCGUAUCAACAUUACCCAAACGAAUUGUGCGAUUCGCUGUCGUGUGAGCCUCGCUGUCCACGAUGCUUGGACAAAAAGUUGCUAAAAUUCUGGAAUGGUUUUGGUGUCCAAAACGGGCCUUUGAGUUUCUAUUCCGAAAAGAUUGUCUAUUUCGAACUCAUCAAAAGCACCUGCACGAUUUCUCUCAUUUUAAAGACAGUUCCGAUACGGUCAUAUCUAAACUAUUUGACUGAAAACGAUCAAGAUCAUCACAUGACUUCAUUCAGCACACAAAUAUCGCCGGAGGAACAAGACGAGCUCAACAGAAAGGUGUACGAUUUCGAUGACGCUUGCGAAAGAAAACUCGUAUACCAGCGUCCAACUUGGUUUUAUCGACAUCCAAAUUACUGGGCGGAGAUCAUAGGCUUUGAGCAGAUACGGAACGAUGAUGAGCAAAUUCGCAUUCAUCUGACUUUACGUCCAUCUACUCCUUCUCAACUCAUCCCAGUCGAUUUUCUCACCGCCGCGAUGAACACUGAAAACAAGAAUCAACCAGAGAUAUCAGAUGAGGGUUUCCAUUCGAACACGCGGCCAGAUUGGUGGGACCAGAUUGGUGAAAUGGGACCAAGCUCAAAAAGACCACGAACGUCAUCAUCAGAUGAAAACAGGACACAGGUACUUAACAGUUCUUUGGGUGUUUAUGAUUAUGAUCUCCCACAUCCAAAAAGUAUCACAAAAGUUGGAGGAUUGCGAGAUAGACCCCUAGUAACACAACAACUUGUCCCCAGCCAGCGUGAAACAAACCAUACAAUGGAUGUUGGAGAGCCAUCGAGUAGCCACACUGGAGCCAGUCAACCGCCUGUAGUGGAUAAAGAUAGACCAAAUCCUCUUGUGCGUGAUGGAGAAGAACUGCUUCUGGAGUGGGAGGUAGAGGUGUUCAUUUCAAAAGACUUUGUCGCUCUUUUACUUGACCUCUGCGAAUGUCCUGAAAAGGUGGAGGAUCUCGAUGAGGCCAAAAUCAAGGAAUUGUUGAAACCGAUUUGGCCACCCCCACCAAAAGAUCUGUACGAGUAUCGACAAGGAAAUCGGAUGUUAAAGUACAAUGAAAGAAGUCCAUUUCUCGACAUUAAUAACAACGAUGCAGCCAGUUUGAAAAUUGGAGCAAAAAGGAACGCAAAAUGGGUGAAACUGCUUCGUGUCUGUUUGAAGAAAAACGGGAACGCAAGAGAGGAGAGAAGAGCGUUUUGGUACGAGCUCGUAUACAAAGUGAACAAUCUCCGAGAUGGACAUCGUAAAAAAAAAGAAGACGACGAAAAAGAGAAAAAGAUUGCCGUUUUGUUGAUGAAAGCCGGCGGAUUGUUGAAGGAAAUUGGUACAGCGAUACAGGCAAAUGGGAGUAUCGAUCAAUACGAUUGGGACAACUUACUUGAACAAUUUGAUGCCAUUCAACCAGCCGACCCUCAACCGGUGAGUGAGAGGUUUUACCGGGACGACAAU